CGCUACGGGCUGAAAACUAAACCGAGAUGGAAUAUCCCAGUCUGAACCGGUUUCAACCGGUCUUGGGUUUGUUUGAUGCACGAGCUGAGAGAAGAGCUGGUUUCCAACAGACUCUUUCAAGGCUUUUACGUGUUUUUUUGUUUGUUUGUUUGUUUUUAUUUUCCUGACAUAGAUCCAACAAUAAACUAACGUCCUGCUUUAAUUUGUGAUUGAGACCAGGGAAUGCUAGCUAGCAAGAUAGCAUAGCAACUCCAGGCAUUAUAAUCAGUGACAUUAGCUAGCUAGCUAGUUAGCACUUAGGCUAAGUUGUACCAGGGGUCACGCGAGCUGUCUCUGGACUCGGAUUAAUCGCUAGAGUGUUAGCUAACUAGUUAGCAUUGUUUUUUUAUUUUUUUUUUAUUUUAAAUAUUUAAUGUAUAUGAUUAGUUCGCUCUGGUAAAAUUAAAAAUCAACUCGCUAGCUAUUUAACUAGCCAGUUAUCAUCACGUUGCCCGUGUGCAUCCAGUUCAAUGGUUAUGUUCGUUAGCUAGCAGCUAGCAUAUUGCUAACGCGUCAUCAUGAGAUAAACGCAGUGCUGUAACUUGCGGUUUAUUUGAAUUUUGCAGUUUUAAAGCGUUAGCGAGUUUAAGCAGCCACAAUCCUGAACAUCAUUUCAACGCAAAGAGGAGUGUUUAAAAAAAAAAGCAGCUCUAUGCCAGCAGAUAUGACAAUGUUAGCGGACCAUACAGCCCGGCAGCUGCUGGACUUCUCUCAGAAGCUGGACAUCAACCUGCUCGACAACGUGGUCAACUCCAUGUACUACGACGUCGGCUCUCAGCAACGGCUGGCACAGGAAGUCCUGACUAACUUGAAGGAUCACCCGGAUGCAUGGACCAGAGUGGACACCAUCUUGGAGUUCUCUCAGAACAUGAAGACCAAAUACUACGCCCUUCAGAUUCUGGAAACUGUCAUUAAAACACGCUGGAAAAUUCUCCCGAGAAACCAGUGUGAAGGAAUUAAGAAAUACGUCGUGGGGCUGAUUAUCAAGACGUCCUCAGAUCCUUCUGUGGUCGAGAAAGAGGGAGUUUACCUGGCAAAGCUGAAUAUGAUCUUGGUGCAGAUCCUGAAGCAGGAGUGGCCGAAGCACUGGCCCACGUUCAUCAGCGACAUUGUGGGAGCGAGUCGCACGAGCGAGAGCCUCUGCCAGAACAACAUGAUCAUCCUGAAGCUGCUCAGCGAGGAGGUGUUCGACUUCUCCAGUGGACAGAUGACUCAGGUCAAAGCCAAGCACCUGAAAGACAGUAUGUGCAACGAGUUCUCCCAGAUUUUUCAGCUCUGCCAGUUUGUCAUGGAAAAUUCCCAGAAUGCUCCACUGGUCCAUGCCACGUUGGAGACCCUCCUGCGCUUCCUGAACUGGAUUCCACUGGGCUACAUUUUUGAGACCAAACUCAUCAGCACCCUGGUUUACAAGUUUCUGAACGUUCCGAUGUUUCGAAACGUGACUCUGAAGUGUCUGACGGAAAUCGCCGGCGUCAGCGUCAAUCAGUACGAGGAGCAGUUCGUCAGCCUCUUCACUCUAACCAUGAUGCAGCUCAAACAGAUGCUGCCUUUGAACAUGAACAUCCGCAUGGCGUACUCGAACGGGAAAGAUGACGAGCAGAACUUCAUCCAGAACCUCAGCUUGUUCCUGUGCACCUUCCUCAAAGAGCACGGGCAGCUGAUUGAGAAGAGGCCCAACCUCCGGGAAACGCUCAUGGAGGCUCUCCACUACAUGCUGCUUGUCUCUGAGGUGGAGGAGACGGAGAUCUUUAAGAUCUGUCUGGAGUACUGGAACCACCUGGCAGCCGAGCUGUACAGAGAGAGUCCGUUCAGCACUUCCACCUCACCGCUGCUCUCCGGCAGCCAGCAUUUUGACGUGCCUCCACGCAGACACCUCUACCUGCCCGUACUCUCCAAGGUGCGUCUCCUGAUGGUGAGCCGCAUGGCUAAACCGGAGGAGGUGCUGGUGGUGGAGAACGAUCAGGGUGAAGUGGUGAGGGAGUUCAUGAAGGACACCGACUCGAUCAACCUCUACAAGAACAUGAGAGAGACUCUCGUGUACCUGACCCAUUUGGACUAUGCGGAUACGGAGAGGAUCAUGACGGAGAAGCUCCAUAACCAGGUGAACGGGACGGAGUGGUCCUGGAGGAACCUGAACACGCUGUGCUGGGCCAUCGGCUCCAUCAGCGGAGCCAUGCACGAGGAGGACGAGAAACGGUUCCUCGUCACAGUCAUUAAGGACCUGCUGGGGCUGUGCGAGCAGAAGAGGGGGAAAGACAACAAGGCCAUCAUCGCCUCCAACAUCAUGUACAUUGUAGGGCAGUACCCACGGUUCCUCCGCGCCCACUGGAAGUUCCUCAAGACGGUUGUCAACAAGCUCUUCGAGUUCAUGCACGAGACGCAUGACGGCGUGCAGGACAUGGCGUGUGACACGUUCAUCAAGAUCGCUCAGAAGUGCAGGAGGCACUUUGUUCAGGUGCAGGUCGGGGAGGUCAUGCCCUUCAUCGACGAGAUCCUGAACAACAUCAACACCAUCAUCUGCGACCUGCAGCCGCAGCAGGUGCAUACGUUCUACGAGGCUGUAGGCUACAUGAUCGGCGCUCAGACAGACCAGGCAGUGCAGGAGCACCUGAUAGAGAAGUACAUGCUGCUCCCUAACCAGGUGUGGGAUAGCAUCAUCCAGCAGGCCACCAAGAACGUGGACAUCCUGAAGGACCCGGAGACGGUGCGUCAGCUGGGCAGCAUCCUGAAGACCAACGUGAGGGCGUGUAAGGCCGUGGGUCACCCGUUCGUCGUGCAGCUGGGACGCAUCUAUCUAGACAUGCUCAACGUCUACAAGUGUCUGAGUGAGAACAUCUCCUCUGCCAUCCAGACCAACGGUGAGAUGGUGACAAAGCAGCCUCUAAUCAGGAGCAUGCGCACGGUGAAGAGAGAAACUCUGAAGCUCAUCUCUGGCUGGGUCAGCCGUUCCAACGAUCCCCAGAUGGUCGGGGAGAACUUUGUUCCCCCUCUGCUCGAGGCCGUGCUGAUCGACUAUCAGCGGAACGUCCCUGCCGCUCGAGAGCCUGAAGUGCUCAGCACCAUGGCAACCAUCGUCAACAAGCUCGCAGCCCACAUUACUGUGGAAAUCCCCAAGAUUUUCGAUGCUGUAUUUGAGUGCACCUUAAACAUGAUCAACAAGGACUUUGAGGAGUUCCCAGAGCACAGGACAAACUUCUUCUACCUGCUGCAGGCGGUGAACUCGCACUGCUUCCCCGCUUUUCUGUCCAUCCCGCCGGCGCAGUUCAAACUGGUGCUGGACUCCAUCAUCUGGGCGUUUAAGCACACCAUGAGGAACGUAGCUGACACGGGUCUGCAGAUUCUGUACACGUUGCUGCAGAACGUGGCCCAGGAAGAAGCUGCAGCUCAGAGCUUCUAUCAGACGUACUUCUGCGACAUCCUGCAGCACAUCUUCUCCGUCGUCACCGAUACGUCCCACACGGCGGGUUUGACGAUGCACGCCUCCAUCCUGGCCUACAUGUUUAACCUAGUUGAGGAGGGCAAAAUCAGCAUAACCCUGAACACAGGCACCCCCAUCAACAACCAGGUCUACGUACAGGAAUAUGUGGCCAACCUGCUGAAAACUGCCUUCCCACACCUACAAGACGCGCAGGUGAAAGUAUUCGUAACCGGUCUGUUCAGCUUAAAUCAGGAUAUUCCUGCGUUCAAAGAGCACCUUCGGGACUUCCUGGUGCAGAUAAAGGAGUUUGCCGGUGAGGACACCAGCGAUCUGUUCCUGGAGGAGCGAGAGACGUCGCUGCGUCAGGCUCAGGAGGAGAAACACAAACUCCAGAUGUCCGUGCCGGGAAUCCUCAAUCCUCACGAACUCCCAGAGGAAAUGUGCGACUGAGCUUCGCGCGCGCUGGGGCGUCUUUUCGGACGCAGGAAAGAACGAAUCGUGAACAAAAGAGCGUGUGUAUGCGCGUGUGUGUGUGUGUGUGUGUGUGUGUGUGUGUGUGUGUGUGUGUGUGUGUGUGUGUGUGUACAUACAGAGAUUUUGCAGUAGGAUGAAGAUGGAAGAGGAGUGUAAAUUUCAACCAAAUCAACUCCCAAAUGUCCAUCACUCAGUCCAUCCAAGUCCCCGCCCACUUUUCCCCUCUUUUCUUUUCUUUUUUUUUUUUUUUUUUUUUUUUUUGGAGUGUGUUUUAUAAGGAGAGAACUGAUGCACUGUAAAUAUUCCCAUGUUAAUCAGUUGUGUUGGGUUUCUUUUAGUUUCAUCUCACAGAAUAACAUGUUCACACAAGUUCACAUAUUUGAGGACGCCUCCCAUCAACUCUUCUCAUCCGUUUGUUAAUUUGUAAAAUAGAUUAAUUAACGCAGGUUAAUGAAGAGAUGGACGGAAGAGGACUGACCCACAGGAAGAGGAACGGCCUUCUCCUGACUGGCACAGCAAUUUGAAUGUGAUGGUUGAUUUGCAGAACUGAAAGAUGCUGCUCUUUUUCUUUUCUUUUUGCUUUAUAUUGUCUUUUACAUUUUUUUUUUUCUUCAGUUUUGCUUACGUUUUGUUUUGGGCUUAUGUUUUUGGGUUGUGUUUUUUUUUUUUUGGCGUGUUUGGGGGGGGGGGAAGGGAUGCGGCUCUGUUCCGGUUCUCGCUCUGCGUUUGUUCAGAAUGAUACGGACUCGAAGCAGAUAUUGCCAACGGCGAUGAAGGGUUUGUUCAUAUCGUCCUGUUUAUAACACUGUCUUAGUACUACGGGAACAUAAAGUUGGAUAUUUUUACAAAAAAACAA